CUCCGCGGGUGCGCGCGGGCUCCUGCGCGGGUGCGCUCCGGCUCCGCGGCUCCGCGGGUGCGCGCGGGCUUCUCGGCGGGCGCGCAGCGGCUCCGCCGUCCGGGCUGCGCCGUGCUGAGGGGCUCGGCGGCUCCGAGCACCUCCGCGCUCGCCGUCGGGGCCCGGGCCGGCAUGGCCCCGCGGGCGCUGGCGCUGGUGCUGGCGCUGGUGCUGGCGCGGGCGGCGGCGGAGCUGGCGGAGGAGCUGGUGCUGGCCCUGGGGGCGGCCGAGGAGGGGGAGGCGGCCGCCGUCGGGGCCGCCCCGUCGGGACCCGCCGCCUUCCAUCGCGCCGCCAAGGGGUCGUGGCGGCUGCCCGGGCGCUACGUGGUGGUCCUGCAGCCGGGCAGCGGUGAGGCUGAGGUGCGAGGCACGGCGCGGCGGCUGCAGGCCCGGGCGGCUCGGCGGGGAUAUCUGACUGAGCUGCUGCACGUCUUCCACCUCCUGCCUGCCUUUCUGGUGAAGAUGAGCAGCGACGUGCUGGACACGGCGCUGAAGCUGCCGCACGUGGAGUAUGUCGAGGAGGACGCCUAUGUCUUUGCCCAGAGCACCCCAUGGAACCUGGGCAGGAUCGUGCCGCUGCAGCCUGGCUCGGGUGCCUACAGCCCUCCCAAUAAAGGUGACCUGGUGGAGAUUUACCUGCUGGACACCAGCGUGCAGAGCACCCAUCGAGAGAUCGAGGGCAGGGUGCUUGUGACCGACUUUGAGAAUGUCCCUGAGGAGGACGGCACCCGCUUCCACAGGCAGGCCAGCAAGUGUGACAGCCAUGGGACCCACAUGGCCGGGGUGCUGAGUGGGCGUGAUGCUGGCGUGGCCACAGGUGCCAACAUCCGCAGCCUCCGUGUGCUGAACUGCCAGGGGAAGGGCACCAUCAGUGGGACGCUCAUUGGCCUGGAGUUUAUCAAGGCGACGCUGGAGGCCCAGCCCUAUGCGCCGCUGGUGGUGCUGCUGCCCUUCGCUGGUGCCUACAGCCGUGUGCUGAACGCUGGCUGUCGGCGGAUGCUGCAGAUGGGGGUGGUGAUGGUCGCGGCUGCUGGUAACUACAAGGAUGAUGCCUGCCUGUACUCUCCAGCAUCUGAGCCAGAGGUCAUCACAGUUGGCGCCACCAACAGCAAGGACCAACCUGCCUCCAUUGGCACCCUGGGCACUAACUUUGGCCGCUGCGUGGACCUGUUUGCCCCAGGGGACGACAUCAUCGGCGCCUCCAGCGACUGCAGCACAUGCUUCACAGCGCAAAGCGGGACAUCGCAGGCGGCUGCACAUGUGGCAGGCAUCGCCGCCAUGCUGCUCAGCGCCGAGCCCCAGCUGAGCCUCGCCGAGCUCCGGCAGCGCCUCCUGCACUUCGCCACCAAGAAUGUCAUGGACACGGCGUGGUUCCCCGAGGACCAGCGGCUCCAGACACCCAACAGUGUGGCCGGGCUGCCCACCCAGCUGGGCACAGAUGAGCAGCUGUACUGCCGCUCGGUGUGGUCGGCACGCUCAGGGCUCACCCGGCAUGCCACAGCUGUGGCCCGCUGCACUGGCACCGAGGAGAUGCUCAGCUGCACCAGCUUCUCCCACAGCGGCAGGCGGCUGGGGGAGCACAUGGAGGACAAGGAUGGGCAGAAGCAGUGCGUGGCCCACAACGCUUUCCGAGGCCAGGGCGUCUACGCCAUUGCCAGGUGCUGCACAUGGCCCAGGGCCGAGUGCCGGAUCAACGCCAGCUCCCCAUCAGCCGAGGGGGCCGGCUGCUCCCCGCAGGACCACGUGCUGACUGGGUGCAGUUUCCACUCCCCCGCUGCGGCGCUGGGUGAUGGUGGCAGACCCGUUGCGGGGCCGGGGAGCAGGCCCAGCCACUGCGCCGGCAGGACGGAGGUGAUGGCACAUGCCCUGUGCUGCCCUGCCACCAGCCUUGAGUGCCGGGUAAAGGAGCACACGUCCCUGGGCUCUGUGGAGAAGGUGACAGUGUCCUGUGACAACGGCUGGACGCUGACAGGCUGUAACGCCCAUUCCCAGAGCCCCGGCACCAUGGGAGCCUACGCUGUGGAUGAUACCUGCGUGGCAGCCACUGUCCCUGGCAGCAGCACGGCUGCAGUCAUUGCCAUUUGUUGCCGGAGCCGGCAGUAGGGACGGGCUGAGGUGGACAUGUGGCUGCCCUGGCCUGGCAUGCCUGGCGUAGCAGGGAUGGGUGCCUUGCUGGACCACCACGUCGCUGGCUGCGUACCUUGCUGGGGCUGUGCUGCCACUCCCAGCACAGUGCAUGCUCCGACACACGGCUGCAGAUGACCUCCGUGCUCGGGCUGCUGUGAUGGUGGGGUGCAAGCUUGUCACCCUCUUGCCACAGUGGGGCCAAGACCCAGGGGACUCUGCAAGAGGUCUCCAAGCAGCCCCUACGCAGCUGGAGCCCUGCCCCAUCACUGGAGUCAUCCUGGCAUCCUUUCCCCAGCGCACGCUGGGUCUUUCUAUAAAUAUCCUGACUGUAAAAGCCAUCUCAAGGCCGUUGGUGUCAUCCAGUAUAUGACAAAACCAUGACCUUUAAAAAAAAGAAUUGUGAGGAUUGUGCCCCUCUUUUCUCGUUAGUUGCUCAUUAGAUGUCAGCUAAUACUGCUUCACACCUGGAAAAUCAUAGUUUAGCCAUUUUCGGACAGUUUUAUAAUUGCCUAUUCAUGGACCUAAGAGACUUCUUUUUAGUCAAGUGUAAGGGUUCUAGUUUAAACAGUCUGCUUGUUUAAUUAGAUUUUAAUCUGCAUUGCUACAGAGUCAGCUAGUGCUUUGUUAGUGUUUUUUUUUUUUAUUAUUGUUAAGUCAAAGGAAAUGAUCUGCUGGUGUUAUGCAUUGCUUUAACAGUUUCCCUUUCAGGGCUUCCCAAGACACAUAGAAAUGGCUGUAAUUCCUUUUUAAAAAAUACAAAAGAAGAAAAAGCUUUCAUAGUACCUUGGUUUUUACAUUUGUACCUUAAAUAUUUAUUUGAAAAUUUUAAAAUAAGUAUUUUAUAAAUGUCUUUUUCAAAUAAAAUUCAUAGACCAGUGCUCAGUA